AUUAUAUCUACCUUACUUCACGGUUGACUGUUUAACUUCCUUGUCGUAGAAAUACAAGAAAAUGGCUACGGCGUAUUAUGGUCAGGGAUCGACCCCUUCAAGAAGCAGUGAUUUAAAAAGUAACGCCUAUAAAGAACCGUACAACCAUGAGGCAGAGACAUUACUUGUUCAAACAAAACUUGCCUACGAAGCUGCAAAGGUUGUCGGCAAAGAACAGAAGAACAUUGAAAGGAAAAUGAAGAAGGAACUCAGUAAAGAGCUUCCUGGGUGUAUCAACAAGUAUAAUAACGGCAUAAAAGAAAUUAAAGAUGCAUUUGCCCGGAUCGGAGAUAUCGUAAACAGCGAUAAAGAAGACUACAGAUUUGCGGAUCAGAUUAGAGGCGUGGACAGACGAAGACCAGUUUUUUGGAAAAAGAAAAAGGAGCAUGAAAGAUCAAGGGUAGAAGAAACAUUUACAGGCCACCAAUCGGAAUCUUUUCUUUGUUUAAAUAAGGAUGGAGAAAUCAAACAACUUCAGGACAAAAUUAAUGAACUUCAAGACAGUUUGGAAAAAAACAAAAAGGAUUAUGAAUAUGAUUUAAACCAAAUUAUUCGGUCUAAAGAUGGGCUUGAAAAGCAACAUCAUGCUGAAAAACAACAUUUGCAACGAAAAUACGAAGAGGAAAUACAUGUAAAAGAAGAAGCUUUGAGAAAUUUAAACCAAAUUAUUCGGUCUAAAGAUGAGCUUGAAAAGCAACAUCAUGCUGAAAAACAACAUUUGCAACGAAAAUACGAAGAGGAAAUACAUGUAAAAGAAGAAGCUUUGAGAAAUUUAAACCAAAUUAUUCGGUCUAAAGAUGAGCUUGAAAAGCAACAUCAUGCUGAAAAACAACAUCUGCAACGAAAAUACGAAGAGGAAAUACAUGUAAAAGAAGAAGCUUUUAGAAAUUUAAAUGAAGUUAUUCAAUCAAACGAUGAGCUUUAUCGAAAGCACGACGUGGAAAUGCAGGCAAAAGAAGAAGCAUUGAGAAGGCUCAGUUCUGUUGCAUCCAGACAAAUGCGAGAUAGAAACCCAAAUAUAACUGACCUUAGUGAUCCGAAUAGACCUACUAAGAUAGCCGAAAAAAUGUCAGAACUGUUUGACAAUCAAUGGACUGAUGCAUUUGAUGUCCUUGAAAGAGAGAUGGACGACAGGCAAAUUAUUGAGACAUUGUUAGAUACAUUGAUGAGGGUUUCCGAUGAAUGUCGCAGGCUGUCGGACGAAAAUUUCUUUGAAAGAGUUCAGCAAAGCAUUGAAUCACCAAUAGAGGCAACGGAAAUACCAAAAAACAGAAUUCUGUUAUCGGACCAAUUGAAACAACAGAUCAAAGAAUUUAGGAAAAUUCGUGCAGCAGCUGUUUUAAAGGAUAUUGAAAAGAUCAUAAAGCCAAGGAUCAAGUUAGUCAACCAUCCAGAGGUUCAGGAUUACCUAUCCCGCUGUGUUGAGAUUGGCUGGCUUUGCGCAGUGCAAGAUCCUCCACUCUUUCUUAAAGCACAGUCACCUCUCGAGUUUGAUACGAAUGCGUUCAAAGAUUACACAAAACGUGGGAAGUAUGUGGAGUACGUUGUAUGGCCAGCGCUGUACCUUCAUGAGGGAGGUGUUCUACUCGCAAAAGGUGUUGCACAGGGUACUGAUCAUAAGCCAACACCCGUAAGAAAUUAUGUCGAAGGCAGACAACCUCCACCUGCUUUGCCAUAUUCUAAAAUGCAAGCAGCUUCACCCGAAAACAAUGCCGCGCAACCAGGGCGGGCAACGUUGGCACCCAGCAACAACACUUCCGGGCCAGCGAAGACAAAGUAGUCAUAUCCAAAGUAAAUACGUCGCUACUAGUAAGGUUAGGGCACCAGAUUCCACAUAACAUAGACGAUGUAUCAAACACAAAUACCAAACGUAACGAAUGUAAGUCGAACUGUGGAUGUAAGACGUGGAAAUGGGUUAAGGGUUGACAGUUAUUCUAGACUUAUAACGUAUAAUUCAACUUAUAACAGAUACGAUAACAAAAGAGAAUGAAUGUAUACUUAUUUCAGUCCAAAUGGCACAUAAAAAGAAAUAUAUAUCUACAGCAGAUCUACAACACACAUUGUGAUUUACAGCAUGUUUGUUCUUGUGUAGGAAACGUUUAGUGAAUUCUUAGAUAUCAUAUGCAGAACCUGUGAUACGUACACAUUUUAUUUAAAUUUUAUUUCAUGGAUGAACUUUUCUACACACGAUCAUUUCUGUUCACAUUUUGCUUCUCCUAAAUGAACUGCGAAAAUCAGAUGAAAAAAUCGUAUGAGUUGGUUCGUCAUUUGUAGGUAUUAAAUCAUUUAUACAAUAAGCAGGCAUAAUAGAUAUAGAGAAUCCAUCAUUGGUCU